AUGCCUGAGGCGGUGCCAAGCACUGUGACAGCCCCGUCGGGCCCUGAAGUGACCCAGGCCUAUGGGGACAUAGAGGAGGUUCUAGAUGAAGGCAAUCAGCAGCAACUCACUUCCUCCUCUUCCCCAGACGAGGCGGGGUGGGUACAUCAGUCUCAGGACCGCCACCAAUCGACCAAAGGGCUCACCAGGAGCUGCUCCACAGGAUCACCCUCAACAUGGGCCUCCAGGCGGAAGAAACAGUCGAGAAAUGGUGGACAUCCUGGCUCCCAAGAGUCCCUCCAGAGUUGCACUUCCUCUCAUAAAGACCAUACAGACAAAUUACAACACUAUAUGGCAAACCCCAGCCUCCAUCACGCCAACGGCCUGGGGGUAGAAAGGAAAUACUUCACCCGUUCCAAGGGCUAUGAGUUCCUGUUCUGCCAUCUGACUCCCUGUUCCCUGGUCGUUUCAGCAGUCAAUGAGAAGGAACGACAGGGCCAACAAGCCUCGACCCCAAAGGCCAAGGAGGCCAAGCGUUUGGACCUCUUCGGUAGGAAGGUCUACUCCUCCGGGGGCCUCCAGCUACGCAUAGCCAACCAGCAGGCGAUCCUUAAUAGACAUAACUUCAACUCUUGGACGGCCAUGUCCAAGUUUAAGGAUCGCCUGCCCCAGGACUCGCACUCUGAGUGUGCUGCGUUAAUCGAAGAAGGAAAGGCGGUGGCUAAGACUUCACUACAAGCCUCCCUCGAUUCAGCUGACUCUGCAGCCAGAACCAUUGCCUCGGGAGUAGUCAUGCAACGCUCAGCGUGGCUCCAGGCAUUGGGCCUCCCUCCAGAGGUCCAGAACACCCUCCAAGACCUCCCCUUCAAGGGCUUGGGCCUUUUCUCGGCGCAAACAGACUCCAGGCUGCAUGGCCUUAAGGAUUUUAGGGCCACCCAGAAGUCGCUAGGGAUGCAACCCAGAGAAAGCCCUUCAGGCCUCAACCUCCACAGCAGAGGCAGUAUCAACCCCACCCCAGACAGGAGCCGUAUCGCAGACCUUCGCGGACUCAACAAAUUUAUGGUCAAACUCCGGUUCUGCAUGGUCUCACUAAGCACAGUCAUUCCAUCGCUGGAUCCGGGAGAUUGGUAUGCUGCCCUCGACUUGAAAGAUGCCUACUUCCAUAUUGCCAUUCAUCUGGUGCACCGACACUUCCUCCGGUUUGUCAUAAACCAACAUCACUACCAGUUCACGGUUCUCCCGUUCAGCCUGUCCACAGCCCCCCGAGUGUUCACGAAAUGCAUGGCUGUGGUGGCGGCCUUCCUGCCGAAAAGGCAAGUUCGAGUGUACCCAUACCUCGAUGACUGGCUACUGACAGGUUGUUCCAAGGACAAGGUCCAGUCCCACGUGACAAUGGUCAUGAACACCUUUCACAGACUGGGACUCCUCCUCAAUGCGCCCCCGACCAACCUAACCGAGGUCGGUCAGGAGCACCCGCGGGAUGACGACGACGGCCAGCAGUCAUAUUGUACUGUCUGCCGUCCGCAGGGCAAGGCAAGGGGAUGCUGCUGUGUAGCACUGCAGUACCGCAUCUGCCAGCAGCACCCAGGAGACAUACGACGCCAUACCACGGCAAGCAUGGAGCCCGCUCAGAUCGCCGCAGCAGUUAUGAGCACUGUAAACACCACACGCAUUAUCCUGCAGUGUAUGCAGCACCAGAAACUGCAAAAGAAGGCGAGGAGGCGACAGCAGCGUGGUGACGAGAGUGAUGAGGACAUGGACACAGACUUCUCUCAAAGCACGGGACUCGGCAAUUUGGCCAUCCUGGUGGCAAUGAGGCAGGCUCAUGCCAUGGAAUGCCGAUUCUGGGCCCGGGAAACAAGCACAGACUGGUGGGACCACAUAGUGUUGCAGUACAUCUAUGUCCACUUUGAGAAGUGCACCAGUUACGGGAUCCCGUCGGAGGCAGGGUGUGAGGCCAGGGGGACGGGGGAUGACCUGCACUACCUGGAGAACUCCCUCAGCCAUCCACAGCUCUAUGGGCAGUACACAGACCAGCUCUCUGACUUUGCACAGAAGGAAGCGGCAAAACUACUGAGUGAGAAAGAGACCCGAGGGAACAGCCAGAGCCCCCAGAAACGGGACAGCCAGACAGAGGUCAAAGAGGAGCGGUACUCCAAAUACCAAGACUGUGCUAGACACAUUCAGAAAUAUGUUACCAAGAAGCUUGGAGAAGACUGGAUAUUCCUGGUUCUGUUGGGUCUGGUCAUGGCGCUGGUGAGCUGGGGAAUGGAUUAUGCCAGCGCCAAGAGCCUGCAGGCUUACAAGUGGAUGUACAAGGAGCUGCACCCGAGUGUCCCUAUGCAGUACCUGGCCUGGGUCACCUACCCCCUCAUCCUCAUCCUCUUUGCUGCUGUCUUCUGCCACCUCGUCUCCCCACAGGCUGUUGGGUCUGGGAUUCCUGAGCUGAAGACAAUCAUGCGGGGAGUGGUCCUCAAGGAAUACCUCACACUCAAAGCUUUUGUGGCCAAAGUUGUAGGCCUGACAGCUGGGCUGGGGAGUGGCAUGCCUAUAGGGAAAGAGGGUCCCUUCGUGCACAUUGCCAGCAUCUGUGCUGCUGUGCUCAGCAAGUUCAUGUCAAUCUUCUGUGGUGUGUAUGAGCAGCCGUAUUAUUACACUGAUGUCCUGACUGUGGGCUGUGCUGUGGGGGUUGGCUGCUGCUUUGGGACACCACUUGGAGGGGUGCUCUUCAGCAUUGAGGUCACUUCCACCUACUUUGCUGUGCGCAAUUACUGGCGUGGUUUCUUCGCAGCCACGUUCAGUGCCUUCAUCUUCCGAGUGCUCGCCGUGUGGAACAAGGAUGCAGUCACCAUCACGGCCCUGUUCAGAACUAACUUUCGAAUGGAUUUCCCCUUUGAUCUGCAGGAGCUGCCAGCCUUUGCUGUGAUAGGGAUCUGUUGUGGGUUCCUUGGAGCCUUUUUCGUUUACCUCAAUCGCCAGGUGGUUCUGUGUGUCCGACGGCAUAUGGCUCUGAGCCAAUUUCUCACCAAAUACCGCCUUGUAUACCCAGGAGUAAUAACCUUCCUGAUAGCAACGGUGACCUUCCCGCCGGGGUUCGGGCAGUUCAUGGCUGGAGAGUUGAUGCCCAGGGAAGCCAUCAGCUCCCUGUUUGAUAAUUACACCUGGGCAAAGCACAUGGGGGACCCACAAAUCCUAGGGAAAUCUGCCAUCUGGAUCCACCCCAAAGUCAGUGUCUUUGUCAUCAUCCUGCUCUUCUUCGUCAUGAAGUUCUGGAUGUCUGUCGUCGCCACUACCAUGCCGAUACCUUGUGGAGGCUUCAUGCCUGUUUUUGUACUGGGGGCUGCAUUUGGCCGUCUCGUUGGUGAAAUCAUGGCAUCACUCUUCCCUGAUGGGAUCCUCUUUGAUGGCAUUGUUUACAAAAUCUUACCUGGAGGAUACGCCGUCAUUGGUGCAGCAGCCCUGACAGGAGCAGUGAGCCACACCGUCUCCACAGCAGUGAUCUGCUUUGAGUUGACGGGUCAGAUCUCCCACAUCCUGCCCAUGAUGGUCGCUGUCAUCCUUGCCAACAUGGUGGCUCAGAGUUUGCAGCCCAGUCUCUAUGACAGCAUCAUCCAGGUGAAGAAGCUGCCUUACCUGCCUGACCUGGGCUGGAAUUACAUAAGCAAAUACAAUAUCUUUGUUGAGGAUAUUAUGGUCUGUGAUGUGAAAUUCAUCUCCUCUACUUGUACAUACCAGGACCUGCAGACCCUGCUUCAGAGCACAACUGUCAAGACCUUGCCUCUAGUGGAUUCACCAGAGUCCAUGAUCCUGCUGGGCUCAGUAGAGCGGUCGGAGCUGCAGGCCCUUCUCCAGAGGCAUAUUGGCCAGGAGCGGCGCCUGCGCAUCAUCAAAGAGAUGGAGCAGAAGCUGGCUGAGGCGCCCUACGAUGGGCACAGCAAAGGCCAGUGGGCAGCCAUGCCCAGUUGGAAGCGCGAAUCUUUUGCUUUCGUGGAUGAGGAUGAGGAUGAAGAGGAGAAGGCUGAGGAGUAUGUAGAGGUUAUAGAUACAAUGAAGCCAGAGGAGAUAGAUGCAUGGAAGCAGGACGAGCUGAAUAAGGAGGUGUGCUUUGACAGCUGCCGCAUAGACCCCUCCCCUUUUCAGCUAGUGGAGAGGACUUCCCUGCACAAGACACACACCUUGUUCUCCUUGCUGGGCCUCAGCCAUGCCUAUGUGACCAGUAAGGGGAAGCUGAAGGGAGUGCUGGCAUUGGAAGAGCUCCAGAAGGCAAUUGAGGGCUCCACGCGCUCUGGUGUCCGCCUCCGUCCACCCCUCGCCAGCUUCCGAGACACCAAUCGGACCUCGGUCAGCAAUGAGCAGAGUAGCCAGGUUUCACCGGUGUGGAGCCGGCAGGACAGCUGUGUGGUGCCUGUGAGAGGAGCUGCAGACUCAGGGAUGGGGAGCCCACUGCCCUCCAGCUCCCCCUCCCCACAGCCCCCGCCCUUCCCUGAGGAGGGGAAGGGGCUGCACUCUGUCUCAGCUGCUGACGCUGAGCUGGAGGAAAUGGAGCUGUCUGGCCCUGCUGCUGAGAACAUCUCAGACAUCCUCAAGGACCUGAGCCUGCGCUCCACGGACCUGGAGGAGGACGAUGAAGAGGAUGUGCCCCUAUAA